AGCUGAUCGAGGUUAUAUUAAAAUUUUCUAGCGAUCCAAACCCACAAAAUAAGUUUAAUCAGUGUUUAAUACCCACAAGUUAUUUCAUAAAUAAUACAAGAUAAUUUUUAUUUAUUUUUAAAUUUUAAUAAUUUCUUUAUUAAAACUAAGAAACAAUGUCGAUAGCACAGGAUCGUCCAGAAUUAUAUGAAGAAGUUAAAUUAUAUAAAAAUGCACGUGAACGAGAAAAGUAUGACAAUCAAGCUGAUUUGUACGCAGUUGUAAACACGUUACAAAAUUUAGAAAAAGCUUAUAUACGUGAUUGUGUUACUCCUAAAGAAUAUACAGCAGCUUGUAGCAAAUUAUUGGUGCAAUAUCGGGCUGCAUUCAAGCAGGUCCAAAGUGAUCAAUUUCCAACAAUAGAUGUGUUCGCUAAAACAUAUCGCCUUGAUUGUCCAGCAGCACUUGAGCGAAUAAAGGAAGACAGGCCAAUAACAAUAAAAGAUGACAAAGGAAAUACAUCAAAAUGUAUUGCUGAUAUUGUAUCUUUAUUUAUUACUCUGAUGGAUAAAUUGCGUUUAGAUAUUAAAGCUAUGGAUGAACUACAUCCUGAUCUGCGUGACCUCGUUGAUACUAUGAAUCGCUUGAGUAUAUUACCAAGUGAUUUCGAUGGUAGACAGAGAGUUGCCGAUUGGUUGCAAACAUUGAAUAAUAUGUCUGCUUCCGAUGAAUUGUCUGAGACACAAGUCAGACAAUUAAUUUUUGAUCUUGAAACCUCGUACAAUGCAUUCACCAAGGUCUUACAUAAUUCUUAAGUUAAAAAAUAUUAAUUUUAUAUUAAAAAAUUAUAUUUUUAAUCGACAUAAUACUUUGUUCUGUAAUUUACGAUUACUACACGUUAAGAUAUUGAAAUAUAACAAUAAUUAUUAUGACGUAAUCAGUUUUAAUUUUAUAUUGUAUCAUUUUUAUUUUAGUCAACUGCUUAAAAAAUUAUUUUAAAGCUCGAUUAAAUAUAUUUAUUAUGGGUGUGUUAAUCGUGUUCAAAUCGAAUCGAAUAUAACUAUUCGAUUCGAAAUGCGAGUCAAAUAUUCCGAAUUUUCCAAUAAUUCGUAACUUCAAAUUACUCGAUUCGAACGAGAAAUUUUGAGCAGCUUUCAAAUAUCCAAUUUUAAUGUAAAUGAGAGCUUAGUUUUUUAUAGUAACUGAAAGUAAUUAUUUCAUAGAUUAUUGGCUGAGUUCUAUUGAUCUCUGAAAAAAUUUGAAUUAUUAGAAAAAAAUUUUAUAAUUUUAAGCCGUUUAAAAGAAAAUUUUCUAAUUAUUCGAUUCGAAGUUUCAGAUUCGAAGAAUCAGAUAUUUCGAUUCAAUUCGAUACGAAUAAUUCGUAACUUCAAACUAUUCGCACACACCUGAUAUUUAUUAAUUGGUAAUUUUUAUUUGCCGCUAAUAAAUUUUUUUAAUAAGAAGGAGACAUUUUUUUAAAAAUAUUUAAAUGAUACAAUUGGAUGCUAAUAAAUCGAACUUCAUGUAUCUGAUAGUCAACUCAACUUUUAAAUCAUCCAAUUAAGUAAAUACGCUCUCGCUUUUAUUGAACUUAUAAAAUUUAUUAUUAAUAAAUAAUAUAAAUCAGCUUUAAGAUUCUAAGAAUAUGCACUUACUUAUAUUUUUAUGACUAA